CAAGCGCUACUGCUUUCAUUUUUUUCAUACGUACGUUUGACAUUUAUUUGGCAUGUAUUUGUGCAAAGUGCGUGUUUGUUAUGGUGUUUAAACAUUCCACGGUGUAUUGUAGGUGUAAUUCAUCGCCCGAGUGCUUAAUAAUCCAAAAGUUCGAAUUCGAUUAGUCGUAGUGGACCAUGUUCAUACCAUAACCUUACAUUUUUGACAAAUGGGGGCACACAAUGAAGCAUUCGAAACCCACCGUUUUUGAAGCUCUUGCAUAAAUUGUAGCCAUAAAAGUAGAGUACUUGAGUGUGGGUUUACUGCUUCAGUGUUCGUUUCGAUUAUUCAUACUUGUAAACAAAGCUGUAAGGAAAAAAGACCGACUUUUGCGGAUUUGUGUCAUGGGUUUUGCGGGUUCGUGUGCACCCAGUGUGGAUAUUUUCGGUUAAAAGGGUAUGCAGAGUUGGUGUUAAAUUUAUUUACAGCAAAAUUUAGUGGUUUUGGUGAUGUUUUAGAACGGUGCCAGAGCGCUCAAAAAGGUGGGGUUGUGGUAUUUGGCAUGGUCCUAUAGUCGAGCUCAAGAUUUAAAUAACGCCGCGAUAAAAUUAACACAAUACAAAAAUUCACUUAAUGUGUUCCACUUAGCCGCGAUAUUCACCUCUAUCUGGCUCUUCACUCAACAAGCAUGAUAGAAAAAAAUCAUGCACUUUGAUAAAUAUGUAAUCCAUCUCAGUUAUCUUCAAAUCGUGCGUAAAACCUAGUGCAAAAAUGGGACCUACUUAGCCCCACGCCGAAAAUGUGAAAUGCCCAUCUUGACUGAGUGAAGUCAUGUGGACAGUUAUUCUCUCGGGGUGCAUUUCGGUAACUUUAGUAAUGUCGCUGGCGUUCUGUCUGUGUUGGAGGAAGAAGUCGCCCAAAAAUGACUUGUUAGGGCUUGAUGGCAUGGUUAUUCAAAAGAACCCUGACGAAAAUGUUAAUCACUUGCCCUCUGCUGCACCGUGUGUUGUUGAAGGCGUGAAUGCUACUGCAGCUAGUACUGACAUUAUUGAAUCUAAUAGGAGAAACGUUCCCGCCAGCACGACCCGACGCAGCCUUCCCGACAUCCCCUCGGAACAAGGAGCCGCCGUCAACUGGGAACCCACCGGCGACAACUCCUCCGAGCAUUACGCCACAGUGGGUCAGUUCCAGAACGCCAAAAGACACACCACACACAACGGCAUCGAAACGCGGCCUAGCAUCUCCCAGCACAGCUCCAUUAGCCAAGCCGACGACACCUCCUCCCCGUACGAGAAGGUCAAAUACGACAAAAUCAAAUCCAAAGAACACCCCUACGCGCAGCUGCAGCCCACCACGAGCCGGCAAGCCGUCCUGGAGGAGGCGAAGCUCGGCUGCGAAGAACGAACGAGUUUGUUGAGACCUGAUGGAUCGAGUACGUCCUCGGAGCCGUCAGCUCCACCCAGAUCUCGAAGAUCAUCCGCCCAUAGCGGGUUGGGUGUGGAUAUUCCAGCUGCGUCGGCUGUGGCUGGAGGUAUCGCCGCUAGUCCAGAAUUGCCUUACAUGACGCCGCCCGUUACGCAACCUAAUUUUAGUGGGGAUUCACAGGAUUCUUCCAAGGGGUACACGAGUAUUAGCGUCCGAGAGCCCUUGGCGAAUAUCAUGGCGCAAACGAAAGAAUUGAAUAAGAAGAGGGAUGUGGAUCAGCAUUAUUCGACGGUGUCUGAUGAUUCAGACGAUGUAUACACCACAAUCCCGGACCCAAACAACCAAAUUUACACUAGCGAAAGCGAAACGUACGCCCGAAUCCCCGCCCACCCCAUUACCGUGGAAGCCGAAGUCAACCCUGCCCCCAGCAGGUCCACGGAAAACGAAUUCUACGAACCCAUCCCCCAACCGCCGCCCCUCAACACCACCUUCAAACAAGGAGGCGGCCACUCGCACUCCAGACAAGCGUCAUCUUCAAGUUCCAUCGCCAAUAUAGGGUCCCCCAAACCCGAGAAACGCCAAGCUAACUCACCACUGCCCCCACCACCGCCAGGUUUGAGUUACGAUUUUCAAGUACAACGAAACGUCGACGAUUUAUAUGCAAAAGUGCAUAAAAACAAAAAGAAGGAGGAGUCGGAUGGGGAGAAGACGCCGGAAAAGGGGAAAAGAAACGGGGAUAACACCAGUAGAAAGUCGGUGUCCAGUUGUAGUUCGUCUGAAGAACGAAAAAUUCAAGAACAAAGACACAAGGAACAUAAUUAUGAAACCUUGAGGAAGAUGAAUCGGGAUUGUAGUGACCCGGGGUACGAGAAAAUCCGGCACGAGGAGCCGGGGUAUGCCAGUAUUAACGGUCCCGAGAGCAUCACCAGCUCCGACCCGGGGUACGAAGUCCUGAAGCAGAGGCCGCUCCCGGAGGUGGACCCCAACUACGAGGAGCUGCAGCACCGGAACUCCAACGCGAGCGACUGCGCCGGCUACUCCAAGGUCAAGUACAACAACGCCGCCCCCGACGGCUACUCCGUCGUCCACAAGGCCAGUAAGAGCGACGACAAGUCCAGGACGUCGAGCAGCUACGGCAGCAACUCGCAGGAGUUCAGCUUGGACGAGCCCAACUACGAGAGCAUGCCGAGCGAAUCGCUGAGCUCCGAGCACAACUACGCGGCCUUGAAGUCGGGCAGCGAGUCCGACCCGAACUACGAGUCGGUCAACCCGAACUACGAGAGCGUGCGGGAGCUGGAGGAGCCGCCGUACGAGCGCAUGAACGACGACUCCAAGGAGCGGGAUCUCAGGGGGUACGAGAACAUCGACACGUCGGAGAGCUCGAACGGGGACGGCAGGUCGCAGCGCUCGGGCCCGCCGUACGAGCACCUGACCGAGACGGACUCGGAGGUGCCGGGCUACGAGCGGGUGAAGAACGCGUCGUCGAGCGAGUCGACGAGCGAAUCGAAUCACGCGAAGGCCGCGAGCAACGCGACUCACCUGCUCGAGGAGGACGCGAUUUUUCAAGUUUAAAAUUCAGUAUUGUGCCUACAAGAUGGUGCUACGUUUUUAUACCGAUUCGUGUUUUUAUAUGGUGAUAUAGAGUUAUAGGUUUUUCAAUUUUUAAGAGUCGACUAGAGUAGCUGAGUUUGAGUAGGGUUUUUUUGAUGUUGUGAUCUUUGAAUAGGUAGAGUUUUUUCUCGAGGAAGGCGAGGCCGUUAUACGUAUUUAGAAGUCGUGGGUUACUUUUUUUUAUUUGUCUUCCACAUGGUUUUUUACAUUCAUGCCUUGUGCCAAAUAGUUUGCACAUAUUUUGUCUUAUGUGUUUACAAUAGACUGCUUUUACAUAACUAAUUUAGUUACAAAAUUGUUGCAAUAUUAAAGAUUAAUAUAUUUAAAACUUUAUUUAUAUUUUAUCUAUUUAUUAUGUAAUAUUUUUUAAUAAAACUGUUUUUUAAUAAAGUGAGAA